GGACUGAAAGAGCUGUCCCCGCUCCCCCUGAAUCUCAAACGGCUCUACAAAGAGACACUGGAAAUUGAACCCAUCUUGAUAAUUAUCUCCCCGGGUGCCGACCCUUCUCAGGAACUUCAGGAGCUCGCCAACGCGGAGAGAAGUGGAGAGUGCUAUCACCAGGUUGCUAUGGGUCAGGGUCAAGCUGAUUUAGCAAUUCAGAUGCUGAAAGAAUGUGCCCGCAAUGGGGACUGGCUGUGUUUGAAGAACUUACAUCUGGUGGUGUCUUGGCUGCCAGUUCUGGAAAAGGAAUUGAACACUCUGCAGCCUAAAGAUACCUUUCGUCUGUGGCUCACUGCAGAAGUCCAUCCCCACUUCACCCCUAUCUUACUACAGUCAAGUCUGAAGAUCACCUACGAGUCACCUCCAGGUUUGAAGAAGAAUUUAAUGCGUACUUACGAAUCUUGGACUCCUGAGCAAAUCAGCAAAAAAGAUAACAUACAUCGAGCUCACACUCUCUUUAGUUUUGCAUGGUUUCAUGCUGCAUGUCAAGAAAGAAGAAAUUAUAUUCCACAGGGUUGGACCAAGUUUUAUGAGUUUUCUUUAUCAGAUCUUCGGGCUGGGUACAGCAUUAUUGACAGGCUCUUUGAUGGUACCAAAGAUGUGCAGUGGGAAUUUUUACAUGGUUUACUUGAAAAUGCUGUUUAUGGUGGACGCAUAGAUAACUAUUUUGACCUUAGAGUUCUUCAGUCAUAUCUGAAACAGUUUUUUAAUUCUUCAAUAACUGAUGUUUUAAACCAAAGGAAUAAGAAAAGUGUUUUUCCGUAUUCCUUAUCUCUACCAAAAUCCUGCAGCAUUCUGGACUAUCGUGCUGUGAUCGACAAGCUUCCGGAGGAUGACAGACCGAGUUUCUUUGGUCUUCCUGCCAAUGUAGCUCGCUCGUCGCAGCGCAUGAUCAGUUCUCAGGUGAUUUCGCAGUUGAGGAUCUUGGGCAGAUCAGCAGCAGCUGGUUGCAAAUUUGAUAGAGAAAUCUGGUCUAAUGAGUUGUCCCCUGUCCUCAAUCUCUGGAAGAAACUAAACCAGAUGGGUGGCUUGUUACUGGAAGGCUGCAGUUUUGAUGGAAGCCGGCUCUCGGAAAAUCACCACGAUUCUCCCAGUGUAUCGCCCAUUCUCCCUUGCUGUGUGGGCUGGAUUCCCCAGGUAAUGCAGCGCCGCCUUUGGGAUAAGAUAGUCUUGGGCCUUGGCAUUUUGUUUACUUUCUAA